AUGGCGGCGCGGGGCUCGGUGCUCGCGGUGCGAAAGUGCCUCGCCUGCCUGGAGUUUAUGUACUCGUCCUCAGACUCGUCCUCCUCCUCUUCCUCAGACUCGUCCUCAGACUCUUCCUCAGACUCGUCCUCAGACUCGUCCUCCUCCUCUUCCUCAGACUCGUCCUCAGACUCGUCCUCCUCCUCUUCCUCAGACUCGUCCUCCUCCUCUCGUCCAGACUCGUCCUCCUCCUCUUCCUCAGACUCGACUCGUCCUCAGACUCGUCCUCCAGACUCGUCCUCAGACUCGUCCUCCUCCCUCCUCUCCUCCUCAGACUCGUCCUCAGACUCGUCCCCAGACUCGUCCUCAGACUCGUCCUCAGACUCGUCCUCAGACUCGUCCCCAGACUCGUCCUCAGACUCGUCCCCAGACUCGUCCUCAGACUCGUCUCAGACUCCUCCUCUCUCCUCUCAGACUCUUCCUCAGACUCGUCCUCCUCCUCGUCCUCAGACUCGUCCUCCUCCUCUUGCUCAGACUCGUCCUCAGACUCACUCGUCCUCCUCCUCGUCCUCAGACUCGUCCUCAGACUCGUCCCCAGACUCGUCCUCAGACUCGUCCUCAGACUCGUCCUCAGACUCGUCCUCAGAGUCUGGUGAUGUUUCUGUGUCGUCUCUCUCAGAUAACCAGAUUCAGAAACACGAGUCUGAGUCUGAGUCUGAGUCUGGCCACAGACCAACUGCCCCCACAGCCGCUGUCCAGGAAUCUGCCCUCGAGUAUCUGCCCUCGCUGACCUUCUCUGGAGUAUCUGCCCUCACACUCGCUGACCUCCAGAUCCACGGUGGCGACGCACAUGAGUAA